UGUCUUUUUUCAGAACAACGAUCUUUCCUUUAGACUUCCAUCUCAUCCCCUCAAGAUAAUCAAACCUCCAAACCUUCACCCCCUUCGUAGCACAAUAAGUGACUCACAAUGCUUAAGUCUGACCACCCUACCGUCACUGCAGCCAACGUUGCCUUGAAGGAGCAUGGCAUGAUCUACCCUAUCGAUACCUACUAUGCGCAAACCUCUCUCUCCGCCAAGUUCAAAGGUCGAUUCGGGAUCUUGCUGGGUAUCGUCCAGCUUCUCAUUAAUCCACUGGCUACGAAUCUAUGCUACUAUCAACCGGAGCGAACAGCAUCAACUCUGGACGCCAGCACUGGGGCUCUAGUCAGCUAUCAACCUAGUGUUCGGUGGACUCUCCCGGGCACUGAUUCUGUAGUACACGAGAAGCAAGUCAGCCCAGUGGAUGUAGUACCCAAGGGAAAGUCAGUUCUCGAGGAAAGUGUUAAGCACAAGCCAGCUUCAACCCCAGAUGCCAACACGGGUGCUCUAGUUGUCUACCAACCUACGGUUCGCUGGAACUUCCCCAGCGCCGGUCAGGUCAGCCUCGUGAAGACAAUUCCCAAGAGCCAUCGCACGGCAGUGGCAUUUCACCUGAUUCAGAAGAUCGUGGGAGAGAACACUGUCAAGCAGACACUUAAGAUCAUGUACACUCCAAAUCUCGACAGCAACAUGCGUGCCCUCGUUGUCUACCAGCCUGUAGUUCGCUGGAACCUCUGUGGUUCUGUGGUCCUCCAGAAGAAACGGGUCAGUGGAGUGGAUGCAUUUCCCGAGGACCCGCUUGAAAAGAUUAUACUUGAAGAAAGACGGGGUGCUGCGGUCGCAUUCAUGUUAAUUCAGAAGAUCAAGGGAGAGAAGAUUCCUCUGAUACCGGAGACACCCAAGCGAGAGCCUGUUCGCCGUGCUCCUAGAGGGAACCUUCUUCUCAGUCUAGUUCUCAACAACAAGAAGGCCAACGACAGGGUCUCCAGCCCUGUUGAUGUCAAAACGACUCCUUCUACGCCUGCGAAACUUGCUGUUGCCACUUCCACUCCUCUUACCCUUGCUUAUGGCCCCAUUUUGCCUUCCACUCCCAAGCGCGGACGUAUCUCCGGUGGAGUAGCUCUCGGCACUCCUAGAAAGAAGGGCAAGGAGAACAAGGCCGAGGUCAAGGUAGCAGAGGUCAAUGCUGACGAGAAUAAUGGGAAGCCGAUUCCUAGCCCUGCCGCGGCUGCUGCUUACGCUCGCCGCCGUCACCGCCGUCGUCAGAAUUAAGAGGCUGAAUCUGGCCACCGCUGGUACUCCAAAGGCAUCUUUGCAAACUCUUCGCUUCGAUCUGCGAAGUAGCGCGUCUCCUCCUAUAGACAUGCUUCGUCUCAUAACAAGGACUCAGGAUCUUCGACUCUAACGC